GUUCUUUGGGCUUCAAGAUACAAGGCAUCCAAAGAGUUUUGCGUCGACUUUGAACUUCCAAAGUUCCUGAUUUCUUUACCGACACAUAAUCUGCAAAGAUCGACAGCAUAUUUGAGCCUGAAGAUUCGGCCCGAGGGGCUCACAACGCUGCAGUGUCUCCCUACUGGACGCAGCUUUCCACAAGUCACGGUUGGCGUGUCCUCACCGUCGGGACGUCCGGAUGUCCUCGCUUCAUGAUGAAUGCUAAAAGCUGAGGUCUUGUUCCUCAACCGAGACGACAGAAGGCAAGUAAGCAUUCUAUCACGACAAAUUUGAUUGACAGGACGUUACCGCGAGGUUGGACCUCGGACGCUAUUGACGUAACGCCAAGUUUCUAGCCUUCCCCAUCAGCCAGUGGAGCUUGUUGUAGGGCUGAAGAAGUUCCUCGUCACCACUGGCAGACGCACAGAGGACGCAAUGACUCUUGUUGGAGUUGAUGGCCUGCACAAAAAAUCCAUUUGUUCCCAUUCGUUACCUUUCUCAUACAUAUAUAUUGUACAUAGUCAACUCUGCUGCACCCAAUACGACGGCACCUGGUGGGAAGAUCACUCACUGAUUGCUGACAUGAUGCAAGAUCGGAAAGCAGGGCAUCGGCUAUUAAGCACACACCCUGCCCCUAUAUAGUUGUUGUUUCAAAGAAGCCGUCUUGGCAGUCAUCCAGAUUUUGAAGAUGCAGCUGAAUAUCUCGGGCUUCAAGCCACCAAAGAUUUAUGAUUGACGUUACAUGACGAACUUGCUGUUCUCCUAAAGACAGACAUCUGUAUCUGCGGGAAUCUGGAUCUAAGAACCAUCCCCCCUGGAGCGAUCGAUUUUAGCUUCAACUACGGAUGUUUGCAUGGGUCCGGUGGACUCCAUGGCAAAGCGCCCGCUGGAUCUCGACAUCAUGUUCCGGCUUUGCCCAUGACGUCGGCCAUUUCUCACCGUCCUCUUUUCGAAGCGCCUACUCAUGUCCUGGACAAAAAUAGCAGGUACUCUAGGUAUCACUCAAGUUUGAUUCGGACUCCUCUCCCGAAUUGACCUACUUUGCUGUGCCCGUUAUUUUGUCCACGACGUGCUACUCUACAAUCCCGAUCAAGGAACCUUGCGUCAAGAAAACAUGCCCAAGCCUAUAGUGAGCUCUAGCUUGGCUCUACACGACAAAGCCACCCGUUGAGCGAGCAAGCCGCAUCGUGCUAUCAACUAGUAUUGUUGAUAUAUGACCGGGGGAGAUCCCACCUUCCAGACACUAAUUCUCAUCACCCCUCACACAAAACGCAAUCUCUCCAUACAAUCAACCAACCUUCAGGAUGCCUACUGAUGCUCAGAUCGCCGGCGGCCACAAGGCCAACUUGAACAACCCCAACACCUCCAAGGAGUCCAAGGAUAACUCCCAAAAAAUUCUCGACAGCGAGUUCAACGGUGGUGACGUCCCCAAGGCCAGCGACACCAAGGACAAGAACCCAGGCAACGUUGCCGGUGGUCUCAAGGCGACCAUGAAGAACCCUAAUGUCUCUGACGAGGCUAAGAAGUCUGCUGAGGAGCGCCUCAACAACAUGUAAACCGCUACACGUGGGAAAGCUGGAAAUUAGCGUGUCUGAAAUCUUGUAAAAUAUAAUCCAACCUCGAGUCUCCUCGAUAUUUCAUUUGUAGCUACCAUAGCACCCAAGCAAGACUAGCACAACAGUGAUCAGAUAUACCUGUCUUCAAGUAUUAUAUAGACCUGGAAAAAUAGCUCAUGUGACAUAUACUUUUACAGUGG